AUGGAAACACAAGGACAACAGUGUGUCGUGCCCAUCCACCUGACAGACCACAACUACUGUCGGAGGAGAAUGAUGUCUCCACAUGUGCAACACGCUGCAGGGAGACACAGAUCCUGCAACAAGCGUCCACGCUGCACAAACAACCAGGUGCAAGAUUUCACCACGACACCGCAGCACUCUGCUACUGCUGCCAGCCUUCCCCAGAAGAGGAAACGGACCCCCGUGCCCGGUCCUUCCAGACCUUCUGCUGAACCUCUUGGGGAGAUGAAUUUGGCUAAGAGGCUUCGGUCCGCUAUUUCACCUGCCGACCUGCCGGCGGUCUCCGGUGUCACCCCCAGACCCCGGGCCUUCAACGCUGAUAACCAACAAAGCUCCGCUGAUGUAAACAAAGACGUUCCAGUGAAGAUACACCAUCACUCAGUGGAAGAGUACCAGCGGAUCUACCAUGAAGUGGUAGACGAUAUGUUGAAAUACAAGAGUGGGCGUGUCCGUCCAUACUCUAUACAGCUCGGACGUUGCAUCAAACAGAAGCUGUGGGAGAGACUGGAUCGUCCCAUGAUCACGACGUCAGCCAAUCAAGACGGACUUGUGCAUGUUGACGUAUCAUACAGUGCUGGAGUCUAUCCUCCCCUUUACCAAAUUGACACUUCCAGAGAACCAAAACCUGGAACAGCACGAAAAAGAGCAGGUGGAAGGAAGUGA